AUGGCACAAUCCGUUCAAAAUCUAUCUGUGUUAACUGCAAGCACUUCAACAUCAACCAUCGUACCAAUAACCAUAGUUUACAAUACGGGUGAUAAUGCAUGGAUGAUGGUUAGUACUGCAUUGGUAUUGAUGAUGACACCAGCUCUGGCAUUUUUCUACGGCGGUAUGGUACAUAAUAAAAAUAUAUUAAAUCAACUUUUUCUAUCAAUCAUAUGUAUGGGAAUUGUCUUCUGUCAAUGGGUGCUGUUCGGAUUUUCAUUUGCAUUCGGGCCAGCAGUUAGCAAAGGAUUUGGAUCAUUUAAAUGGGCGUGUAUGUUAUUCGGAGAAGGUACAUUUGCUAUCAUCACACCGGCCUUGAUCAGUGGCGCAGUUGCCGGACGAAUGAAAUUAAUUCCCUAUAUGAUAUUUAUCUUUGUAUGGACAACAGUUUGCUAUGACCCACUAGCACACUGGGUAUGGGGUGAUAAUGGAUGGCUAAAACUAUUGGGUACUUUAGAUUUUGCAGGUGGUACGGUAGUACACAUCUCCAGCGGAAUCUCGGGUUUUGUAGCGAGUAUAAUACUGGGAAAACGAUAUGAUGUGGGUUCACAUGGUCAGGCACAUAACCUACCAUUUACAGUACUUGGCACAUCACUUCUGUGGGUAUGUUCUGCCGGUAAUGCCAGUGGAUUGGCUGCUCUAGCAAUGAUGAAUUCAAAUGCUGCUGCAGCAGCCGGUCUAAUGACAUGGGUGAUCAUUGAUGCCAUACGCGGUUCGAUAUCGAUUAGCGGUGCUUGUGCUGGUCCGAUUGUCGGAUUAGUAGCCAUUACUCCGGCAUGUGGAUUUGUUCAGCCUGGAUGGGCACUUCUCAUUGGUGUUAUUGGUACCUUGGUUGUCUACAGUGGACUGCAAGUGAAAAAAUAUAUUGGAGUUGACGAUGCAUUGGAUUGUAUGUUCGUUCAUGGAAUUGGAGGAAUCGCGGGUGCAUUCGUGACAGGAUUGUUUUGUCAAGCGCGUGUGAAUUCGGGUGGGGCAGAUGGUGCAUUCUACGGACGACCAAUUCAAUUGUGGUAUCAAAUAGCAGGAAUUCUAACGACGAUCGCUUUUGCGGGACUCUGUACGGCUGGUAUUCUACUACCAAUGAAGUAUACGAUUGGUAUUCGAUUAGACCGAGAAGACGAAGUACUUGGACUUGAUCAUACAGCUCAUGGCGAAAGUUGGGAAGCUGCAGAACCUGGUGUACGUGGUUCCAUAUCAAAAGUCGAAGAUGUAGAAGUUGGUGAGGAUGGUAUCAUACAAUUUUCAGCUACAAUGUCUGUCCUUCAGCAGAUUAUGCCAAAUUUUCGACCACAAUUACGUGUUGCGGAUGGAAAUUUGAAGCAGCAACCACCACGAUUAUCAAUACAAAAAGUGGAUUAUUCGAAUGGUGGUACAGGAUUUGUAUUGGUACCUGAAACGUCAUCACGCGCAUCAAACGGCAAUAUUAUCAGCAAACUUUGA